AUGACAGAAACAACAACAUCAUUGAGAGAGAUUGGAAAUAAAUUCUUUAAAGAAAAAAGAUUAAAUUUAGCAAUUGAAAAUUAUAAUAAAGCAAUAGAAUUUGACCCAUCAGAUUAUCAAUCAUAUACAAAUAGAUCAUUAGCAUAUUUUCAAAAAAAAGAAUAUGAAAAUUCUUUAGAAGACUCUAAAGAAGCAAUUAAAAUUAACCCACAAUGGGAUAAAGCUCAUUAUAGAUAUUCAAUGGCAUUAAAACAAUUUAAUAGAUUAGAUGAAUCAUUAAGAUCUUUAUAUAUAAUUUAUAAUAGAUUUUAUAAUUCAACCAACAACAACAAUACCACCACUUCUUCAAAUUCAAAUAACAUUGAUAUAAAUUUAAUUACAAAAGAAAUUGAUAAUAUUCAAAAACUUUUAAUAUCCAACAGAUAUUCAAAAGAUAUUAUUUCCCAAUCUGAAACAUUUUCAAAUUCUAUCAACGCCAAUGUUAAAGUUGAUUAUAUUAAUGCAAACCUUGGAAAAAGUGUUUUCUUAAUAAAAGAUAUAACAAAUUAUAAUCAACCAUUAAUAUCUGAAAAUCCUUUAGUUUCAAAUUUAUCUUCACUUUAUUUUGAUGAAAAUUAUAAAAGUUGUUUUCAUUGUUUAAAAUCUAUAUUUGUAAAUGAAUCAUGUUAUGGUGAGAAAAUGAAAAAACAAAAAGAAUUAUUUAUUGAAAAACCAUCAUUUACCUGUGAUAAGAAUUGUAAAUUUGAAGUAUAUUGUUCAGAAAAUUGUAAAAAUGAAGCAUGGAAACAGUAUCAUAAUUUACUCUGUCCAAACUAUGAUCUCAUUUUGAAACUAUAUGGAUUUUGUCGUAUUAAAAAUCAAAUAUUCCCACUUGUAAUUAUGAAAAUGUUGGCAAUUGUUUUAAAUGAUUUAAAAAAUAAUAAAAAAUCAUUAGAAGAUUCAUUAUCACCAUUUACAUCUUUUCAAUAUGAUUUGUCUGAUUCAAUAUUAUCAGAUGAUCAAUUAAUUGCAUAUGCUUUUAUAAUUGAUAUUUUUAAAUCAAUUUUAAAAGAAAAAAAUGAUGAAAUUAUUUUUAAUCAAUUAAUUAAUAAAGAAAGAUAUUACCAAUUUAAUUCGAUUUUAAAAUUAAAUUCAUCAGAUGUACAACCAUUAUCAAUUUUAGAAGAAUUAAUUGAUAAUAAAGUUUCAAAAGCAGGAAUUAAAGAAACUAAUAUAAAGAUUGGUGAUGAGGUGAUUGAAAUCGAUUCCAUUGGUGAAUUUUUAGAAAAAAAUAAAUUACCAACCAUUUCAAUUAAAGGAGUAGGAUUAUAUAGAGUUAUCAAUUCAAUUAAUCACUCUUGCGAACCAAAUGUUUUUUGUUCAUUUAGUAAAAAUGAUCAUUCAAUGACAAUUUAUCCAACACCAAAAAUGCAAUUGAAAAAAGGUCAAGAAAUAAAUAUUAGUUAUAUUAAUGAAGAUUUACCAUUUAGUCAAAGACAAAAAUUAUUAAAAGAAAAUUAUUCAUUUAAUUGUAAUUGUAAAAAAUGUAAAAAUAAAGAAUAG